AUGACUCGGCCGAAGCAUCAGGACGCCGCCGCAUCAGCCACCGAAGCUGUUUUACGGAGGACUAUGGCGCUGAUACUUUUACUGCUGUUGAUGUUCUCCUCGUCGUCGUUUCUAUCGGUCACCGCCGAGUGCCCUGACAAAUGCAUGUGCUAUGAAGAUCUGACUGUCUCCUGCUAUAAAAAGGGACUGGACCGGAUACCCUACCGCAUACCUCCGGCUACCAAAGUGCUGUUAUUGAGACAUAAUGAAAUCAGGGAUAUCGAAUCAUUAGCUCAUCUGACAGAGUUAGUGACCUUAAACUUAAACUACAAUGAUAUAACUGAAGUGAAAUAUGGUGCAUUUCCAAACCUUUCGAAGCUACAGGUCUUAUACUUGUCUGAAAAUAAAAUCGAAAACAUCGAGAUUGGGGUUUUUAAUAACUUAACGAGUUUGAAUGUAUUAUACUUGUCUGACAACCAAAUUCAUAAGCUCGAUUUGGAAAUGUUUAAGGGACUUACCAAACUGAAUACAUUGUACUUGAGAAACAAUAUGAUAAGCAAUAUUCCACCUGGGAUAUUUGAUUCAUUAACUUCGUUGAUUUAUUUACAGCUUGACCAUAACCCCUUGAAGUGCGAUUGCAAUACUCUGUUGUUUGUAAACGGUCUGAAGAAAAGUUUUCCUGAGGGUACUCUGGAACUCUUCGGGAGUUGCGAUCCGUUAUUUCUUUAUCCCGUAGAAACUCAAACAAAAUCGUUGAAGGAAAUAACCGAAAACGAUUUAAAUUGCACUCCAGAUGUAAUCGUGGUACCAGAGAACAAGACGGUGUUGGUCGGUGAACAGUUACAACUCUCGUGCAAAGCCCUAGGGGACCCGGAACCUUUUAUAACGUGGGCCAAAGACGACAUCGAUCUAGAACUUGGCCAAAGAGUUCAGGUAUUACAAAACAAUACAUUGAUUAUAUCUAAAGUGGAAAGAACGGACGGUGGUCAAUAUAAGUGCGUGGCGUCCAAUUCUUUUGGACGAAAAUCUUUCGAGGCGAUGGUUGACGUAAACGGUUUGGCGGAAAAUGGUUGUAAUACCAUGUUUGGAGCAAUACCAGGUUUUUUUUUUAUUUUUAUUAUAUUAGCGAAUUGCCUAUUGUAUAAUGGCAUAUUGUAA